AUGAGAACGACAAGAUCCGCCUCUCGGGCGCCAAACAACGAGAUCUCGAAAGACCGCGUUGCAGCGCCAGGGCCUAGCAGGACGAUGAGCGUCCCGAGACACAUGAAAGCCAGCGUUGUCUCAGCGUAUCUCGACGAGUCUCAAAUCGAGGGGAAGAUUCGUCGACUGUCGAAAGCCGACCAGCAGACUCUCCGCCUCAAGCAAGUCAAACUCCGCCAGCCUGAUGCGCAGAUUCCUCGAUUCAUUGAAUCCAACAAGACGGCAUCGCCGACGCUUGCUGAAGCAGUCGCCGCAACCCUCCUCUUCGUCUGGGAAGGCUCGUCGACAGCCUUCUGCAUCUCCCCGACAGGCCUGUUGUUGACUUGUGCGCACUGCAUAGCCGAAACCCCGGCCGAAUACAAUCGCACCAAGAACCAAACACGUUGGCUUCUCUUCGCUUCUGGCGACCCAGUACAGGCAAAGCCCGUUGCAUUCGAUUCGACACGCGAUCUGGCAUUGUUGCAGAUCACAGCGGCUCCAUCAUCCUUCAGAUCAGAACCCUUCCCAUACGUCCGACUCUCGUCUUCACCUCCCAAACUUCGAGCUCCGCUGUUCUGCAUAGGAAGCCCUGGAGCCGAAGACCUCGAAGCGUUCGAUGCCACUGAGGGUGUUGUGGAGACGGGCUAUGAUGUCUUGCACAUCAGUGACGGAAAGUUUCGAGGUCUGGAUCGUGCGCAAGAUGUCCAGGAUAAUUCGGAGAUUGGCGCGCUGAAACACGAUUGCUGGACGUAUUGGGGCCAUUCAGGUGCGCCGUUGAUCGAUGCCAACAAUGGAGGACUGGUUGGCGUCCAUUCGAGCUGGGACGAUGAGACCGGCAUGCGGAGAGGUGUGGCCUGGGAGGCUGUAAAGGUGUUCCUGGAAGAAGAGUGUCAAGCGGUGGAAACGGAGAGUGCCGCCACUGCGGAAGACCAAGUCCGACGAGCAGGUGGCAAUUCAGACGAUCCCAUUGUCUUGUGAGCUCUAAGACUUGGGUCGAAAAGCGAUGAACUCAAAAUCCAUUCGCUGUGAUGGGCGUGGACUAGUCUUUACCAUGUCCGUAUAUUUUUCCAGUUUCUCGUCUCCAUGGUGUCUCUUGAUGUGUUUCUUCAAAUUAUCGAUCCUGGCCAACUUUUGCUCGUUUACUGGACAAUAAGGACAGGCAAUACCUUUUCCGCCAUGCUUGACGGAUCUCUCCUCGUGUCUGUUCCGGUCGCUAGGACGGCGGAACCGUUCAUUGCACACUGGUUUUCUACAGGGAAAGUCUCUAGUGGUCUUGUGACUGUUCUGAU